CUGACUGAAUUAAAUUAGGGAAAAGUGGUAUACGAGAAAAAUAUUUAUUUUUUUUUAAAUUUUAGAACCGUAAAAAAGCGUAAUUAAAAUUAAAACUGUGAUUUUGAUUUUUUCAAAAUUCUGCGACAAUUUCGACGACGUCUAACGACGCCACAGCGUCCACCACCUUUACCCCCGUCAUAUUCGUCACCUGGGAUUCCAGCCGUUGUCAAAAUGCCACGCCGAAAACAGGAUUGCCCAAAACGAAUGAAAUGGGAAGGUGGCGAAGGAGGUGAAGAAGAUGGAUCACCUGACACAGACAAACUCGAAGGUGAUGAUACAUCAAUUGAAGGAUCAACACCAAGAGCAUCACCCGGGUUACAGGAUGAUGAAUUACAACAACAACAAGACCAAGAUGAAACACAACAACACACAUCCGAUGUACCGGAGGAAAUAACAGUAGUUCCUGUUAUACCAAUAUCAUCGUCACCGCAACCAAAUCGAAGUAGUACGCCAUUAUCGUUAAUUAAUUCUGAAUCACAUAGAAAUACAUCUAAUGUUGACGAAGAUGUUAUGGAAACGGGCAGUAUACAUAACAAUAACAAUAGUGAACGGGAUGUAAUGAGUCCUCGUUGUCAAUCACGUGAAUCUACUGAAUCAGCAUCAGUUGCUCCUCCAAGAUGUCCAUCUAACGAGCCAACAAUUUUCGUUGCUGAUCGUAGUGCAAGUAUUUUAAGAGGAAUUGCAGCAUUACCUGCUAGUGCGCUUAGCCCCGUUGGUGUUGCACUUCCUGCUACUCUACCUCCAGCGGCAGCUGCCGCAUUACUACCUCCAAACUCUGCUGCAAUGGCUGCUUAUUUAGCUGCACAACACUCACAUCGAUUAAUGAUGACUUCUCCAUUGCCAACAACAUUCCCACGGGGUGCUGUAUCCCCAUUAAUUACAUCUUCAACGUCGCCACCAGGUGGCUUAGCAUUACUUGCAAACACACCUAGUCAAUUGACUUCACCUACACCAAUUCCAAUGCAAUCACCAUUGAAUAACAAUGAAGGUGCCAUAUUGGAUUUUAGUACAAAGCGCCCACAAAGAGUGAAAAGUACGGAGUCUGAAGAAGGGGAUGAUGCAAUGAAUUUAAGUAAAACCGAAACUCCAAGUCCUUCUGAGGCGGGUGCUCCAUUAGAUUUGUCUGUUUCAAACAGAAAACGAACCUCAGAUGAUAACAGUUCUCAACUUCCACGAAAGUCUACUCGAUCAUCAGAUUAUAAACCGACAGUCGUUUCACCAUGGACCUCCCCAGUUGCAUCUCAUUUACCUUAUUUUGCAGCUGCUGUAGCAGCUGCAAGUUUAUCUCCUAAAAAUAGCUCUAAUAUUUCAAAUAUGGCAGAAUCUCAACUUUGGAAUGGGAAACUAAAACACAGUGUUCCCACUCCAAGUGACGCUACGAAAGCAUUGGAAAAAAUGAGUGAACUAAGUAAAUUAGGAGGUGAAGAUUUGUUCCGCUCCAUGGCAAACAGUUCAACCACUAGUACGUCAAAUACUUCAACUGGAAAUCGUCACAGUGCAUGGCAGUCACAUUGGUUGAAUAAAGGUGCGGAGCAAGCAAAAGAUGUGUUGAAAUGUGUAUGGUGCAAGCAAAGUUUCCCAAGCUUAGCCGCAAUGACCACACAUAUGAAAGAAGCAAAACACUGUGGAGUAAAUGUACCAGUUCCUCCUAUGUCCGCUCCUUCAAUACCAGCACCACAAAUGCCACCUCAGUCUUCACCAUCAGUUACUGCUAGUUCACCUACUACCCCUUCAAGUACUUCCUCAAGUUCAAAACCAUCUCAAGCCGAUUUAAAUUUGUUAAUAAAAGAAACUAUGCCUUUGCCGAGAAAGUUAGUUCGUGGCCAAGAUGUAUGGCUUGGAAAAGGUGCAGAACAAACACGUCAAAUUUUGAAAUGUAUGUGGUGUGGUCAAAGUUUCCGUUCAUUAGCUGAAAUGACCAGCCAUAUGCAACAAACUCAACAUUAUACAAACAUAAUAUCACAAGAGCAAAUAAUUUCUUGGAAAUCAAGUGAUGACUCCAAAGGUGGAGGUGGAGGAAGCGGUGGAGGUCCUACUUCCGGAGGACCUGGUGGGGCUAGUAGUCAUGUAAGUGCUGUUCUUACGUGUAAAGUUUGUGAUCAGGCAUUUAGUUCGCUUAAAGAGUUGAGUAAUCAUAUGGUGAAGAACUCACACUACAAAGAACACAUAAUGCGAUCUAUUACAGAGAGUGGCGGUCGGCGACGGCAGACGAGAGAAAAAAGGAAAAAAUCGCUACCCGUUCGCAAACUUUUAGAACUUGAAAGAGCACAACAUGAAUUCAAAAAUGGUGAUGCUGGCAAUGGAGGAAUAAAGCCUUCACGUGAACAGUCUUUGGCUGGGCGCAUUAGUUGUGAAAAAUGUGGGGAUAAAAUUGAAACAUCUUUGUUUGUGGAUCAUAUUCGGCAAUGCGUGGGAGGUGGUACACUGGGUGUAAAUCAAAGAAAUUUUUUGAAAAACGCCCUAAUGUCAAACAGUAUAUUGCCUCCUGAUAAUUCGAAUAUGAUUGUUGGACAUGUUACCCCUACCAACAGAGAAGACCGUAAAAGUGUGUCUGAUGAAUCCCCUUCGCCAGUAUUACCUCCACGUCAUCAUAGAUCUCCUUCUUCAGCAACAGAUUUAUCAACCAAAGAAUUACCAACUACUCAAUCAGAAGGAACUGGCUCCUCUCCUUCGGUUCUAAAUGCUAUUGAAAAAUUAAUUGAAAAAAGUUUUGAUUCACGAGUACGUCAAAAUACUGCGAAUUUUAGUGGGAAUGCAACCGCGCAACCUACUGCUCCUAUGGGAUCUAGUAUACUAAAGCGACUUGGAAUUGAUGAAAGCGUUGAUUAUACAAAACCCUUAGUUGAUCCACAAACAAUGAAUAUUUUACGAAAUUACCAUAACCAUCAACAUGGCGGACAACAUCAAUUUAGCCGCAGGGAAAGAAGUGGAAGCGAAUCUAGCUCAAUGUCUGAAAGAGGUAGUAGUAGAAUUGAUUCAAUGACUCCGGAACGAAAAAUGGAACCACCGUCAAUUACUCCUCGAACUACACCUGAUAAACGUGUACAAACUCCAGUUUCAGAAAAAAGUACACAAGAUGAAGUGGGAGAAAAUCUGACUAUUAAAAAAGAAGUAAUAGAUGAAGAUGAACAAAGACAAAAUAAUGUUGAGAAUCAUCGACAGAAUAUAACAAUUAAAAAAGAACGAAUGGACGAUGAGACUGAGGAGGAUGAUAGGGCAAGCUAUCACAGUGGUAAUGGAAUUUUACCACCAAGAAUUUCUACGGAUAGCAGAAUGGAAGAUAUGCCCGAAGAAGAUGGUAGUGGCGUUGUUAAGCGAAGUAAUAGUAGUGCUGGAAUGCCUAGCCCGUCGAUAAGUCCACGACAACCAACACCUUCUGCGGUCGAUCAAACAGUUUUACCCCCAAAUAGUCCUUGCCGAAACAGUGCAAGUAGCCCUGCUAGUAGUGACAGAUCAGGUACACCUCGAAGUAUUAUUGGAACGCCAUCUGAGAAAAAAGCAGGUGGAAGCUUAGGGGCCUUGUCAUCAAUGUUUGAUAAUCUAUCGGGUGGGGGAAGUAGUUCAAAUAAUAACGAAAAUAAUAGUUCAAGUGGCCGUCGUACAAGCAGCCAUCCUUUAGCUGCAUUGCAAAAAUUAUGCGAUAAGACUGAAACACAUCACACAAAUCAACGAUCUGGUCAAACCCCAAACUCGAAUAGUGGUAGUACAUCAUCAAGUACACCAUCAACAUCACAAGCAUUACCGCAGACACAAAAUACUGGUACAACACCUGGUGCAAUAUUAGCAUUUAGUUGGGCAUGCAAUGAUGCUGUCAUGACGUCUGAUUCUAUUAUGAAAUGUGCGUUUUGUGAUACACCUUUCAUAUCAAAAGGUGCAUAUCGUCAUCAUUUAUCAAAAAUGCAUUUUGUAAAAGAUGGCGUAAUACCCGAUCCUGUGUCAUUAAAAGCACACCAAGCAACAUCCAAUACUCAUGGUGCCAGUGGUUCAAAUAACAGUGGCAAAAGUACACCAGGUGGGGUUAAUUCCAGUGGAAAUACUUUAUCAAAUAGUGGUUCUAAUACACCAUCAGUAAGUACAAGCGCUAAAAGUCCACAGCCUCCAGCAAGCUUUGAAGAGAGUCCACACUCAAAAUUUUUAAAAUAUACUGAAUUGGCAAAACAAUUGUCUAGUAAAUAUGUGUGAACUAAAAAGAAAAAAAACAAAAAUUGAACAUAUGGUGUUGUGCAAUGAAAACAAAUGUGGUAGAAUUCUGUAAAUAUUUAAAAUAAUGUAGU